CGCGCCGCACAAAAACGAAACACAAACAAAACCGUUUGCGCGGUGGUGCAACACCAAACAACGCUGAUGCAGCAAUCUGUGUGGCGGGGAUCAUCGCGGCUGCUGCGAUCAGCACACCGCUGCCGGCUGCCGAGGGUUCACCCUGCACAGUACCGCUCCGUACACAGGCUCAUCCAGAACGCUGGCGAUGACAACAUCAGGAUAGCGGAGAUGAUCGGCUGGUACCGCGAGCGCGGGCACAUGGUGGCAUCCCUGGAUCCAUUGGGGCGUGUGGAGCGAGGCGUGUGGCAGCACGAGACUCCAGGGUUGGCCGAGCCACCCUCGCCAGACAUGGUCGAGAGUCUGCUCCUCUGGUUGAUUGAGCGCUACCCGUGGGACUCGUCAGCAGCCGUCAGGGGCAAUUGGCUGUGCGGGAUGCUGGGCCUCCGGGCAGAUCUCGCAGACAAGAGCAUGCCCAUGCCCAUGCUGCAUGCAAAAGUGGAAGGGAAGCCAAUGUGGAAGAUCCACGAGCUGUUUGAGCACCUCACAAACUCUUACGCAGGCACCCUGUCCUGCCAGUUCACGCAUCUGAACAUGGAGCAACAGAACUGGAUCAUGGACAAGAUGGAGAACCGCUUCGUCAUGUCAGGCACUUACCGCAGGGGGAUCUUGUACGACCUGCUGCACACGCAUCUGUUUGAAACAUUCCUGGGAGCCAACUUCCCCUCGUCCAAGCGAUUCGGCAUCGAGGGCUGCGAGUCGUUCAUUCCGGGGAUGGAGACGGUGAUUCGACGCAGCAGUGAGCUCGGCGUCAGUGACAUCUUCAUUGGCAUGGCACACCGGGGCCGACUUGCUGUUCUCCACACGAUCAUGGGUAAGGCCAUGGGCGCCAUCUGCUGCGAGAUGAAGGAGCGUCACUCUCCGUUCCACGUCGGCGACGUCAAGUACCAUCUCGGCUUGCAAAGCGUGUUUGCUUACAAUCGUACCAAUCGCAAGCGCGUGGAUCUCGCAAACUUUCCCGUUGACCGACUGCAUGAAAUCCAAUCCAUCAACCUCCACCUCUGUCCAAACCCAAGCCAUCUUGAGGCCGUCAAUCCAGUUGUUCUUGGCAUCACCCACGCCAAGCAGAAUCUCGCACGUGACGAGCGACGGAAGUGCAUUAUGCCGCUGCUCAUCCACGGCGACGCCUCGUUCAGCGGUCUCGGCAUCGUCCACGAGACGUUGCAACUGUCGCUGCUGCAGGGGUACUCUGUUGGUGGGACUGUCCAUCUCGUCAUCAACAACCAGAUUGGCUACACGACCACCCCUGGACAGGCCCGCUCGAGCGUGCACGCAACCGAUCUCGCAAAGACGGCGCAAGGGCCCAUCUUCAGGGCGAAUGCAAACGACCCUGAGGCUGUGUGCGAGGCGUGCAUGCUCGCUGCGGAGUUCAGGGCAGAGUUUGGACGCGAUGUUGUUGUUGACAUUGUUGGGUACCGGCGCCACGGCCACAACGAGCUUGACGAUCCAACGUCCACCCAGCCCAUCACCUACGACCUUGCAUCGCACACGCCGAGCGUCUUCGAUGUCUAUCACAAACGGUGUGUGGAGGAUCACGUCGUCACACCGGAGCGUCUCGAGUCCUGGAAACAAAACUUUCUGCACAAGUUUCAGCGGGAGCACGAGCUCGCCCUCACAGGCGAAUACGAACAGACACCGAUGGAUUUCGUUGCCGACACAUUCAAGAACACGGGUGUUGUUGAGGAGAGGCGAACGGCGCAAGAGUCCACAGGGCUGCCCAUCGAAUCUUUGCAGUUCAUUGCGAACAACGCGUGUGAUCUGAGCAAUGUUGAGUUCCACCUGCAUCCGCUGGUGAAACAGCUGAUGCGCAAACGCCUCAGCAUGGUCGAGAACGCAAGCAGCAGGGUUGAUUGGGGGAUGGCGGAGAUGCUUGCGUUUGGAUCGUUGACGCUGCAUGAGGAUGUUGGGCCGCUCGCCAUGAACCCAGACAUCAGCGUGUCUCCUCUCCACUACAACCACUUCCGUGUGCGCUUGAGCGGGCAAGACUCUGAGCGUGGGACAUUCAACCAGCGACACGCAGCCAUUUACGACAGGGAAACAGCACAGAGAUAUGUCCCGCUGGCGAACAUUGUUCCUGGCGGCCAGGACGAGUUUGAGGUGUGGAAUUCGCCGCUGAACGAGGGCGGUGUGCUUGGAUUUGAAUACGGCGCAUCGCUUGGAUAUGAGAACAAUGCGCUUGUGCUGUGGGAGGCGCAGUUUGGGGAUUUUGCCAACAACGCGCAAACCAUCAUUGACCAAUUUAUUGCCUCUGGCGAAGAGCGAUGGAACCAAAACUCGCGUCUUGUUCUGCUGCUGCCUCAUGGUUAUGACGGACAGGGCCCUGACCACAGCAGUGGGCGGCUGGAGCGAUUUCUUCAGCUGAUGAACGACGACCCGGACUAUCUUCCCGGUCGCGAUCCAAACUCGCGCAAGUUGAUUGAGCAGACCGUGGAGGCGCUCGGGUCCGACGAGUACAUCUCCAAGGAGCGUGUGAUUGAGCUGCUGUACCAGUGCGUUGAAGACCCGGCAGAACGCAUCGAGACCAUGUGGCUGGAGAUGUGCAUCAACCCGGGCGAGGACCGCAUUCCAAGGUCCACGUGGGAGCGGUUCAUGACGUCAUUUCUCCGUCGCCACGCCGAGCGCACCGCCAACAUGAUUGUGCUCAACUGCAGCACGCCAGCACAGUACUUCCACGCACUCCGGCGGCAAGCCAACCUGCCCUACCACAAGCCCAUGGUCAUCAUGGCACCAAAGUUCCUCUUGCAUCACAAGCCGUGCACAUCAGCGCUGUCUGACUUUACGCCCGGCACCUUUUUCAACCGUGUUAUCACGGACCUCAAAGAUGCCGACAACACGCGUCAUCUGAGCCACCACCCCACCACUGGCGAGCGCUAUCUUGUGGACAACGAAUAUGUGCGAAGGGUGAUCUUGUGCAGUGGGCAAAUCUACUACAAGCUGUCACAGCAGCGACGCAAGCACAAGAUCCGUGACAUUGCGCUCGUUCGCUUGGAGCAGAUUGCCCCCUUUCCCCACGACCGCAUCAUCGAGGCCAUUUCCUUGUUCCCCAAUGCUGAGGUGGUGUGGUGCCAGGAGGAGCCCAAGAACAUGGGUGCGUGGUUCUACGUGCAGCCACGCCUCAUGACAGCGCUGAAGGAACACUACCUUUCCAGGGGCAUGGAUGUUGUUCGACCCCGCUACAUCGGCCGGCCCGUGUCGGCUGCGACGGCAACGGCAUCCUUUGGGAUACAUCGUGACGAGGAGCAGGCCCUGCUCAUGGACGCAACCACCGUGGACGCAUAGAAACGAGAUGUGCCGGCGAGCGAGGGAAGAGGAGAAGGAGGAGGAGGAGGAGGGGUGGUGGUGUGAGGAGAGGGAUUGCUUGUGUGGUUGUGAUGAUGAUGAUGAUGAUGAUGCUCGUCGUGUGGUUGAUGAUGAUGACGGUCAAUCAAUAAACGAACGCAAUGUC